AUGUCGUCUCAACCUACUUCACAAGUUUCAAACUCCAACAGUAAAACCACUUCUUCUGCGGCAACCUCCUCCAGACAGCAAGUCAGUAACAGUAGAGGGAACCCUCAAUUGCAGGAGGAAUGGUGUGACGAAGACGGAGAGUUCGAGCUUGAAGAGGAUGAUAUAAAUCAAACCGAACAAUCUAUUGAUGCAAAGCAAGGAUCUUCCGGAUCAAUUGAACAAAAUGUUGAUGAUAAUGAGGGUGAUAAUACUUUUUCGAAUCAAAAAAAGUCUCUCAUAGACUAUAACAGUUCGUAUAAAGCAGACGAUGUUAAAUCACCAAAUAACCAAGUUAGUUCAUCACCAUCUUUAUUACAAAAUGCCGAUGCAAAUGAAAAUGAUAAUUUCCGGAAAACUAAAUAUGGUCGUAAAGUUCAAAGGCCAGUUUUGUUUACCCCAGAGACUAAGAAAUCACAAUCCGACACCAAAAAAAGAUCAUCAACUAACAAAUCGUCUGGAAAACGACCACGAAGAUUGUCUAACGUGUCGCAUAAUCUAACAUCACCAAAUUCACAACAAAGUUCCCCGCAAUCCGUGUCGACUCCCAAAUUAUCUCAAAAUGUAUCGCAUAUCACUCUACCGGAGGUUGAGAUAAAGAUUGAACACGAGUUGGAACAAGCCGUCGCUGAUGAUGUUGUUUGUAUUCUUUGUCAUGAUGGUAGUUCACCGAAGCAUAAUAGGAUAGUCUUGUGUGACAAAUGUGAUACUCCUUAUCAUCAACAGUGUCAUAAACCAUCAGUCGAGGACCGCGUGGUCGAAAUACCCGACGCUGAAUGGAUGUGUUCAAAAUGUGACGAUUUACGCGAACGCAAGCGUAGAAAGCUUGAUGCUACAUCUGUCAGUGGUUUAAAUUCCAGCGGUUCUUCUCGUUACUCAAGAGAAAUUUCUGGUGAUGGAUUAACGGAAGAACAGAAAAUAGCAUAUUUGUCCUCUUUGCCACAACGAGUAUUAAUUGAUUUAAUACUCAUUGCUGAAAAAUUACAUCCAGAUCUUCCCCUUUAUCCUGCCGAUGUUAAAGAAAAGGUCGCGAAUAAUGCUUAUUCGAUGAGCGAUCGUUCUCAUUCAAUGAGUAAUGAUCCUCGCGUUUUGGCUAUAUCUACGUCUUUGCCACAUCAACCUUUUCUAUCACAGAUUUCUAUUCCGCAACAACCACCGCGACAAUCGUCGCUACAACCGACGCAAAAUUAUCAAUCUUCUAUCAAUAAUAAUAAUCUAUCAAGGGCUCAUUUACCGGCCGUUGGUAUAGAUCUACCUUCAUAUGAAGAAAUGAUCGUACAAGCACUCGCAUCAAUCGCAAAUCCAGAUGGAAGUGCUCCUCGAAACAUUUUUGAUUGGAUGAAUAGUACGUAUCCUCUUCAUAAAAAUUUUCGAGCUUCAGCUUCUCAAGCUUUACAAAAAGCCGUGAAGAAAGGUCGCGUGUUUAGAAUUGGAACCGUGUACAAAAAUAAUCCCAGUUAUCGACCUACUAAGAGAACUCGUCGAUAUUUUAAAAGACCAAACUCUAAUGAACCUUCUGGUCAGGAUGGUAUAUAUGAGAUAGCUGUGAGAUUGGAUGAUAAUGAGAAUUUCCCUUCUGUUCAUGAUAUAGAAGAACGAAAUCCGAGCCUUACGUCAUCGGCUAUAUCUAGUCCACCGCCAAAUGCCAUUUCUAAUGGUCACACGACAGUGACUUCACCUGAAGCGCAUUCGCCAUUGGAUGAGAUGCCAAAUAAGGUCGUUUCUGUCAUGAUCAAUGAACCUUCAUCAUUGGGUUCAAUCGUUUCCAAACAAUCUAUAAUAUCACCAGUAAUUGGUAGAAGUACAUCAUCAUUAUCUUCCACAAUAAAUAUCCAACCCGACUUGCCCUCAACAUUACUGCCACCUCCUAUACAACCGACAUUGCCUUCUUUGAGCUCGGUCGCUCCGUAUUUUGGUUAUGGUGGAAAUAAGCAAAAUCCAAUGUAUUCUACAUUUUCUUUCACCCCGACACAAACGGGUGGGUAUAAUACUGGACUCCCAUCUUUACAUAACACCUCUUUGUCACGAGAUCAUGAGAGUGUUCAAGGAUCUGGAAAUUCUAGUUCAUCGACGCACCUUCAAUAG